GGACGCACGUGUCUCCCGAAACUCCUCGCGCGUACCAAGACAACAGUGGCAUGGGUGAUGGUGGCGCGAUGAGGGUGUUGCUAGUGACGCUAGCCCUGCUCCUCGGUGCCGCAGCGGACCCACGCCUGGCCAGCACGCCGCGCCCGCGCCACUGGCCUCGCACGCUCUCUGACCGCGCCAACACGCAGUUUGUGGGUCCACACGUGUGCCGCACGCGCAACAGCACGCAUUGCUGUCCCGGAUGGACCUCAAGGCCAAACUCUUUAUUAUGUGUAGUUCCUUUGUGCCGGCCAGACUGCGGCUCGCCGGGUUCUUGUGUGGCACCGAAUAUGUGCAGGUGUCCUGGUGGUGUAGAAGCACCUUCUUGCGGAGGGGGCGGGCUAUAUCCUUACCCUGCACGGACGAGAGGUGGAUGUAGAAGAAUUUGUAUGAAUGGCGGUACUUGCUCGAAUGGUACCUGCAGCUGUGCUCCUGGCUGGAGUGGGGAAUUUUGUACAGAACCGAUCUGCCGCGAACCAUGUCUCCACGGAGGAAGAUGCAUAGCACCCGAUAGAUGCGUGUGCUUCCACGGCCUUUCAGGCACACGUUGUGAAAUCGACAGGCGGACAGGGCCCUGCUACACUGACACAAGAGGAGCAUUAUGUACGGGAGCAUUAGAAGGAGUGGUGUGCACUAAACAGCUGUGCUGUGCCACAGUGGGAGUAGCGUGGGGACAUCCCUGCGAAAGAUGCGGUGAUCUGGACUGUCCUACUGGGCAUUUGAGGAAUUUGGCUACUAAGGAGUGCCAGGACAUAGAUGAAUGCGCCGCUGUACCAGGCCUGUGCGAAGGAGGCAGGUGUAUUAACUCAAUCGGGUCGUUCGCUUGCGAGUGUCCACCGGGCCAGAGGCGGCACAGGGUCAGCAAUAACUGUGAGGACAUUGAUGAGUGUGAGGAUCCUGAUAUAUGCCCGAAUGGAAAAUGUGUGAAUACGGAGGGCGACUACUACUGCCUUUGCAACCCCCACUUCAUUCCGAGCCCUGAUAAAAAGUUUUGUAUAGAUGGUCGCGUGGGAAGUUGCUUCACGUAUUUAGGAGAUACGGGCGAAUGUGCGGACAGACUGCCGAUGCCGCUGUCGAACAGGGAUUGCUGCUGCGGUUAUAACAUGGGGCGAGCUUGGGGUGACCUGUGUACUCCUUGCCCACCGAGAGGUUCAAUUGAAUGGACCCACCUGUGCGGUGGCGGUAUAAUACCACCUGACUGGAAGCGCAACGACACGAGUGGUGGUGGCAUCGGUGGUGGUGGUGGCGGCGGCGGCAGGGAGCCUGCGCACAUCGCCAAGAUCAACGAGUGCAUGUUGAGGAACGGCAUCUGUGGACUUGGGAACUGCGUUGAUAAGGAUAUUGGGUAUCAGUGCCAAUGCUGGGACGGCGCAGAGCUGAUAGAGCAGGACGGCAACCCCACGUGCAUUGACAUCGACGAGUGCGCCCUGCAGUACUGUAAGGGUGGCCAGUGUAUCAACAACCCGGGCAGUUUCGAGUGCAGAUGCCCACCUGGUUUCGACCCCGUGGAGAACGGUCUCCGAUGCAGCGACAUGAACGAGUGCGAACUGACCAAUGGCGGCAUGUGCGCUAAUGGAGUCUGCAGCAACAUUGAUGGAAGUUACGAGUGCUCAUGCAACCCGGGUUACGAGCCAACAGAGACCGGCCACGCCUGCCGUGAUGUGGACGAGUGUGCGGACAACCCGCGGGUUUGUCGUCGAGGACGAUGCCGAAAUACCCCUGGAGGGUAUGAGUGCGUUUGCGAGCCUGGCUUCGCGCGUAUCCCUGCGGGAUAUUGCGCUGAUAUCGACGAGUGCGCUGAUAAAAGUCUUUGUCAGGGUGGACGAUGUGUCAACGGCGAAGGUUCCUUCCAAUGCGUUUGUGAGGCUGGAUACCGUCCGACUCCUGAUCGAAGCGCUUGUAUAGAUGUAGAUGAAUGCUCCGAGCUCAAGGUCUGCCGAAAUGGCCGCUGUCACAACACUCCUGGGUCCUUCCGCUGUGAAUGUCUUGCAGGAUUCACGCUUAGUAAUGAUGGAAGGACUUGUCUUGAUGAAGUUCAAGAUUUGUGUUACGAAAAAUUCGAAGAAGGCCACUGCACUGGACCUGGUACCACGCCUGUUACGAAGUCUCAGUGCUGCUGCAGUUCUAGCAAAGGAUUGCAUCUUGGUUGGGGCGUAUCUUGCAAACCCUGUCCAGCACAUGACAGCAAAGAUUACGAGAUUCUGUGCCCAGAGGGCCCAAGUAAAGACAACGGUGGAGGCGACAUUAACGAAUGCACCAUGAUCCCGGGCAUUUGUCCUCAUGGCACGUGCGAGAACCUGGAACCAGGGUAUAAGUGUAUUUGCGACUCUGGCUUCCACCAAGACCAUGAUGGUAUAUGCAGGGAUAUCGACGAGUGCGACAUGCAUCAGUCGUACUGCACUGGCGGGCAGUGCCGCAACACAAUGGGCAGCUUCACGUGUGUUUGCCCGCCCGGCACUCGAUACGAGCCGGACGAGCAAAUCUGCCGAGACAUUGACGAAUGCGAGGGUGAGCUAGUUUUCCUCGUCAAGGAUUAUGACAGGGGGGAUAUCCCUCCCAUGUUCCCGGUGACAACAGAACAAUCCAACCCUUGCGACAAUGGCCGAUGUAUUAACACCCACGGCAGUUACGAAUGUGAAUGCGAACAUGGUUUUGUACUGGAUACUACUGGACAGCAUUGUGUUGAUAAUCGCCGAGGGUCAUGCUGGCGGAGAGUUGUAGAUGGCCAAUGCGAAGCAGCAGCACCGAAACCUUUGCUCAGGCAAGAAUGCUGUUGCAGCGUGGGCCUGGCGUGGGGCUCCCCCUGCGAACCGUGUGAACCCGACGACUGCCCCUGCCCGAAAGGAUUCGCUAAGUUGGAUGGAGCGACUUGCCGUGAUGUUGACGAGUGCAUGCUGACCCCUGAGCUUUGCAUCGGAGGCCAGUGCGUUAACACGGAUGGCUCCUAUCGCUGCGAAUGCCCCCCUGGACUGACUCUUGAUGCGGCUGGCAAUCGUUGUGUCGAUACUCGUCGCGAGUAUUGUUACACGGAUUACGUCGGAGGCCGGUGCUCGAACCCAUUGCAGGUGGUGGUCUACAAGGCCAUCUGCUGCUGCUCCUCGCUCGGCAAGGCCUGGGGGGACAGCCGCUGCGAAGCGUGUCCAAAAAAAGGCACGGAUUCCUAUCGCGACUUAUGCAUUUCUGAUGGCGAGUACCCUUCAACGAUUUGGGACCGGCCGGUACCCGGUGGCCCUAAUAGGACAGACAUUUGGAGCCAAACUGGCGGUGGCGGCGACGGGACAGGGGAUGGAUGGGACAUUGAUGGCGGAAAUUGGGGAAACGGAACUGAUAGUUGGGGACCUGGUGGAGUUGGCCCGGGAGUUAUACCCGGACAGAUGGAGGUUAAUGAGUGCGCCGCGUUCCCUGGUCUGUGUGGCCAUGGGAGGUGUAGGAACAUGCUUGGGACAUUUACUUGUGAUUGCUUCCCUGGAUAUGAAAAGGAUUCAAAGAAUCACACGUGCGUGGACGUAGACGAGUGCGAGAUUGUGGACGACGUGUGCGGCGCCGGCGAGUGCCGCAACACGGAGGGAAGCUUCACCUGCCAAUGUCGCCCCGGGUACACCACCGAUGAGCUGUCCAAAGUGUGUGUGGAUGUCAACGAGUGCGUAGAGAAUCGAGCGCUAUGCCGCGGAGGUCGUUGCGUCAACACUCCAGGGUCUUUCCGUUGUGAGUGUGCAACUGGCAUGGAGUUGGCGCCUGACCGUCUCUCUUGCAAGGACAUCGACGAGUGCUCCAUUACUUCGGGUAUCUGCAGCAACGGCGCCUGCGAGAAUCAGAUGGGCACAUACCAGUGUGUGUGUGACGAGGGUUACGCACAAUCCACUGUCAAGUCCCACUGCGACGAUAUCGAUGAGUGUACCGAAGAUCCUACGCGCUGCCAACACGAAUGUGUCAAUACGCCCGGCUCUUAUCACUGUACUUGCAGGGAUGGCUGGCAUUUACGUGCAGACGGGCGAACAUGUCGUGACAUAGAUGAAUGUAGUGGUGGGGCUAGAGCUUGUGGCGGUGGAGUGUGCAGAAAUACGCCUGGCUCAUACAUCUGUACUUGCGGAGAAGGGCUGCUUCCGUCACCAGAGGAUACAAAACCCACGUGUCUUGACGUCGACGAAUGUUCGGACAUACCAGAUUUGUGCGGUGCAGGUGAAUGCCGUAACACUAUCGGCAGUUUCGUCUGCCGCUGCCCUGACGGGUACUCCGUGAAGCCAGAACAGGGCCCAGCUUGUACUGAUGAUGAUGAAUGCGAGUUAGGCACUUGUGACUGUCACCCGUCUGCUGAUUGUAUUAACUUGCCAGGUUCUUUCCAAUGCCGUUGCCGCGACGGUUGGAGGGGUGAUGGCACGGAAUGUGAAGAUGUAGACGAGUGCCUCACCAACAAUGGAGGAUGCCAUCCACGAGCCAACUGCACUAAUACUGAUGGGUCAUUUAUGUGUCUUUGCGAUACCGGUUAUAAGGGAGAUGGGUAUUCGUGUGUGGACAUCGACGAGUGUGCCAACGAUCCGACACUAUGCGAGAACGGGCAUUGCACCAACAUGCCCGGUGGAUAUGAAUGCGACUGUGAUGUUGGAUUCACCAAAUCUGAUGAUGGGAAGUCUUGUCCCGACAUGGACGAAUGUGCAACCUUCGACAACGUGUGCGUGUUUGGACGCUGCGAGAACACGUACGGCAUGUUCAAGUGUAUUUGCGACAAGGGCUACCAAUCCGACAGUGUUGACGAUCUGAUGCCGGGCUUCAAUUGCACGGAUGUAGACGAGUGCAAGUCGCCGCAGUCGUGUCAGUACGGGCAGUGCAUCAACACACAGGGCUCUUACAUCUGCCGCUGCCCACCCAACUAUGAGCUGGUGUCUGAUGGCACCGCCUGUUAUGAUUCUAGGAAAGCACGUUGUUACGGCAAAGUCGACUUGCGUUCGGGAACUGAACAGUGUCACGAUAGUGAUCAGAUAUCUGAGGAAGGGACAAUGGCUGCGUGUUGCUGUUCUGUGGGUGCCGCAUGGGGAAAUUACUGUGAUCUUUGUCCGGACCCAGGAUCUGAAGCAUAUAGACAGCUUUGUCCCGGAGGACCUGGUUAUCAACCAGUUUUGGAGCCGCCGUCGUACGUGGUGACGCUGGCCGACAUCGACGAGUGCGCGCAGCACCCGGAGCUGUGCGAGGACGGCACGUGCACCAACACGUUCGGCUCGUUCGUGUGCACGUGCGGCGACGGGCGGCAGCUGGCGCCCGACGAGCAGCGCUGCGAGGACGUGGACGAGUGCGCGCGCCCCGACGUGUGCGGGCCCGGCGUGUGCCGCAACAUGCCCGGCUCCUACGUGUGCCUGUGCCCCGAGGGCUACGUGGCCAUGCCCAACGGCAAGGAGUGCGUAGAUGUGCGUCAAAGGCAAUGCUACAUGGACUGGGACCCAGAUACAGGGCGUUGUACCGCUGCCGUCGGAGUCCCGCAAACCAAGUACCUGUGCUGCUGCUCCGUUGGUAAAGCCUGGGGCGCACCUUGCGAAGCCUGCCCAGAUAAAGGGUCCCAAGAACACAUGGCUUUGUGCGGAGAAAAGCCAGGGGAAUACAUCAAUCCGAUGACCAACGAAACAAAGCCGAUUAACGAGUGCGACAUCAUGCCGCAGUUAUGCAAGCCUGGUACUUGUCACGACACGGCGACUGGCUUCCAGUGUGGAUGUGACCAUGGGUACGAGCAUGACAACACGUCUCACCUUUGCCGUGACAUCGAUGAGUGCGCGUCUCGCCGGACACCUUGCCGUGGGCUGGCGCAGUGUGUAAAUUUACCUGGAACAUAUGAGUGCAAGUGCCCGGCUGGAUACCGUCUGACUUCCGCGCUAGAUGAGUGCGAAGACGUCGAUGAGUGCGCCGACGAGAGGUUGUGCGAACACGGAGAGUGUAGGAAUACUAUCGGAUCUUAUCGUUGCGAGUGCAUGCCGGGUUACAUGCUAAGAGAUAACGUGUGUCGUGACGUUGAUGAGUGCAACAGGCCGAGACCGCUGUGCCGUAACGGCACGUGCGAGAAUCUCCCCGGCACGUACGCGUGCCAUUGCGAUGCAGGCUUCAAGCCCGGCGCAAACAACGACUGCAUUGACAUCAACGAGUGUCGCGAAGGUGGCAUGGUGUGCCGCAAUGGUCGCUGCCGGAACACGGCCGGCUCCUUCCGUUGCGAGUGCGCGCCCGGCUACACGCUGACGGGCGACGGACGGAACUGUCGCGAUGUCGACGAGUGUACCGAGUUGCCGUCGCCUUGCGGACGGGACGGAACGCCUUCUUGUACGAACACUAACGGCGGGUAUGAAUGCUCAUGCGGUAUCGGAUGGCGGCUGGUCGGGAAACGCUGCGUGGAUCGAGACGAGUGCAGGGAGCAGCAAUACGUCUGCGCUGGUGGGGAUUGCCAUAACUUUAAUGGAGGUUACCGAUGCGACUGUCCGUCCGGCUGGCGAUUCGACAAGGCAGCAGCAGUGUGCGUGGACGAACGGAAAGAGUUGUGCUAUGACGAGUGGAAUGCUGGGCGCUGUCACAAGGCGCGACCUCUGCAGCUAGGAAGACCCGAAUGUUGUUGCUCUGAAGGAGCGGCCUGGGGCAGAUAUUGCGAACGUUGUCCGGCACCAGAUUCUCCGGAGUUCCUUCGCAUCUGCCAGGGAGGAAUGGGCCGACCAAAUCUCACCCACGACUUGGACGAAUGUAAGGUCCGGCCAGACGUUUGCAAGGGAGGCCAUUGUAUAAACACGGACGGUUCCUUCCGGUGUGAAUGUGCCCCUGGAUACAUAUUGGACGGAACGGGGCUCGCCUGCGUGGACGCUGAUGAAUGUGCGACGGAUCCCAGGAUAUGCGGAAAUGGCACGUGUACUAACACCCCUGGUGGAUACGAGUGUAGAUGUAAUUAUGGGUUCACGCAGGGGACUGAACAGACGUGUGUGGACAUAGACGAGUGCACGGAAGGGCGCGCGGCGUGCUCGUUCCGCUGCCACAACACGGCCGGCUCGUUCCGCUGCACGUGCCCCUUCGGGUACCGCCUGGCGCCCGACGCCGUGCACUGCCGCGACGUGGACGAGUGCGCCGCCGACCCCGCCGUGUGCCCGCACGCGUGCGAGAACGUGGUCGGCUCCUACAUCUGCAAGUGCCCUGAAGGUUACAAAAGAACAUCAGCACCUCACGACGCACCGGAUGCGUGUGAGGAUAUCGACGAAUGUGCGGAGCAUUCUGACAGGUGCUCUCCCGGAGUGUGCAUCAAUACUGACGGCGGCUACACUUGCGACUGUGACACGGGCUAUGAGCCUAGCGAAGAUGGACAGUCUUGUAUUGAUCGUCGAACGGGCAUGUGUCACAGAUCUCUCGUAUCAGGAAGAUGUGUCCCGGAACCUUGGCCUCGGUCGCUUGCUUCAACACCAACCCCUCCCACCCAAGUUACUAGGGCACAGUGUUGCUGCACUCUCGGCGUAGCAUGGGGUCCAGAAUGUGAACUGUGUCCUCUACCAGGGACACCGGAACGUAUGGACCUUUGCUCUCGUCCUAACCUCAUAUCAGACAAUAUGGGAGGCGGUAUCGGCGGAGGUGGAAUUGGAGGAGGCGGUGGUCUGGGAGGAGGCGACGGACUGAUUACGGAUAUAUUCGGAGAUAUCGAUGAAUGUGCUGCGAUGCCCGGGUUGUGUGCUCCGGGACGCUGUAUCAAUACUAUCGGCAGCUUCCGUUGCGUGUGCGGGCGCGGCUACAAGCCGGCGGGCGACGUGUGCGCCGACGUCGACGAGUGCAACGCGCGCCGCUCUCCAUGCGAGCACCUGUGCAAGAACACCGAGGGCUCCUACGAGUGUCUCUGCAAGUCCGGAUAUGAGGUGGACGAAGACGGCGCCAACUGUCGAGACGUCGACGAGUGCGACCGCGGCACGCACACGUGCCAGCAGACGUGCUCCAACACGGAGGGCUCGUUCGAGUGCUCGUGCCAGGACGGCUACGAGAAGCGCGGGGACGCUUGUGUCGACAUCAACGAGUGUCACGAGGAAGGCCUGUGCCCAUUGCCGGGCAAGUGCGUGAACCUGCUGGGGUCGUACCGCUGCGUGUGCCCGCGCGGCUUCCGCCUGGACAUCACGGGCACGCGCUGCCUGGACCGCGACGAGUGCGAGGACGGCCGCUGCCAGUCGCCGUGCCGCAACUACGCGGGCGGGUACCGCUGCGACUGUCCGCAAGGGACGACGAGAUCAUCUAGCGGCGUGUGCGUGCCCAUGGACGUGUGCGCGGGCGGGCCCUGCGGGGGCGCGCCUUGCUUCCCCGUGGGCGGUGCCUACCGCUGCGGCUGCCCCUCGGGGUACGGUUGGGAUGCGGGGCACGCCGUGUGUCUGCAGUUGGCAGGUGGAUGCGCGACAUCAAACUGCCUCUUCGGCUGUACAUCAUUCGGCGACUCGUUCCAAUGCGGCUGCCCCACUGGCUACCAGCUGGUCGGAGCUGGGCAUUGUCUCACGGCGCUGGACGGAGCUCUGCCCCCGGAUGACAUCGGAGACGCACCUGUGUUCCCGGUGCGGGACCAGUACAAGAUUGGUGGGAAGAACGAGCUCAUAUCUACGGAAGGCUGCUUCAGUUGCAAGAUGAAUGGAAGAAGACGUAGAGCCCCAGAAGAAGGUAUCGUGUUUGCGAACGGAACGACUCUAGUUAGAAAACGCAGAAGACGCAGCAGACGUCGUCGCUCAAUCUUAGAACCAGAAGCUGAGCUGAUAGUCGUCACAGCGACACCGAAGCAGACCUGGGGUCGCGCUCCUCUACUACGGCUCGUGCCCUCUGAGAGCGAUGGCCGCCCGCAUUACAGAAUAGCUUACGGCGACCCGGACAGAAACUUCCUGCUGUCCAAGCGGGACGGCACGUGGGCGUUGAGGCUCAGGAAACAUCUGAAAUCUACGGAGGUUCUGGAGAAACAGUUGGAGUUAGAGGCCAGGUUUGUUGCCCCCGAGAUGGGCAAGAGAAGGAAUAGACGACAUGUGGACUUGGAUGUACCGGCGCCCUUGAGGUUGUACGUUUCUGUGCGUAUUGCGCCACCGAAGCGUUGAUAUGGGAUAAUGUAGUGAGACCAACCUAUAAUGGCGAUUGAAGCGAUUUGAAUAACUGAUCGGUUAUCGGUGCGAUUGUGUAAGAUUCCUCAUGGAUCGGUGUUAUACAGUAAAAUUAUGGAUCGUUAAAUUUAAUAAAGACUGAUGGUUUAAAAGUAAUUGAUCGGCAAAGGUAAAUUUGGUGUCAAACUGUUAAUUCAAUAAUGACCGGUGGCUUAAAUUCAUAAGUAAUAAAAUAGUCAAAAAUUUAUUUUCAUCCUUGAAACAUUUAAUUGAAACUAACGAUUUAUAAUCUUAUUAUAAGUAACUUAUUCUCGGUAGAAUCUCCCUUGCCUUGGGUCACCACAAACAGACA